AAACCAGAAAAAGGUUAAAGCUAGUAAGACAAUGAAUCAACUCUUCUACAACUAAAAUUAAGCGUGUACACUUUACUGUGUCUUUUUAAAUUGGAAUAUCAACUUUUGUCUGAAGACAACUAUUUGGCUCUAGUCAGAGAGAGAGUCCCUUGGUUCUUUUCUUAUCGUUAAAGGUGCCUUUAUCUAAAGUACGAGCCGCCACUAUGAAUAAAGGCUACUUACGUAUUGUGUUCUGAUAGGAAAAUCGACGAUAUUUCACAAGUAAACAAAGAAAGCAAGAAAGAAAGAAAAGAUUGAAGCGAGAGAAAUUUGAGUCGAAAGUAUAGCUUAAUUCAAAAAGAAAAGUAAACUAAUUAAGAAAAACUGCGACGAAAACGAAACUCGACUCAGAAUUUAAAGGAAUGGAAAAGAAAGCAAGCUUGGAUAUAAAACAAGAAUGUUUACACUUGAAGCGUUCAAAAAGAUAGUAAUUGAGUAAGGUUAUUUCUGCCAUGAUUCUUUUCUUUUCCUUUCUCUUUUCUUUUUCAAUCCUAAUUUUGCUUUGGCUUGGGAAUUUCUCGUCUGCUUCCUGGCUUUGUCUGUUUGUCUGUUUGUUUACAUGAAACCAAAAAGAUCAGUUCUCGAGGUCAAGAUCCGUUUUAGCUGGUUUUGGAAAAUAAAAUAGAGAAUAUAAAGAAAAGAAAGAAAAAUUGAAAACUACAAUAUUGUCUACGUCAAGAUUGCUUCAAAACAAUUCCUCCUUGGAACUCUAUAAAUGCUUACAUCGGAGACAUUCUGAACUUAACCAAAACACAUCACAUCGUAGGACUCUUGCAUUGUUUUGAAAAUAGGCAUUCAUUCACCUUUGUUCUUUUCUGUUUUCAUCACCCCUUAACUUUUUCUUCACCAGUAUCAUGAAGCUUUCCUUUGCCGCUGGGCUUGUGUUUGCUGCUCAGCUUUGUAGCAUCUCUACUGCGUUUAAUCCUUUGCGCCUCUUUAUGGAUGAUGACUCGUUCUCUCCAAAUGUUCAUGCCCCAGUUUCCAGCGGCAAUGGCAUUGCACCUCCCUCUUUUAAUCAUCCUGCUCAAAACCCCCAUGACGUUGACGUGGAAGGGUCAUCGUUGGUAACCAACGAUCAUUACAUUGUUAUGUUUAAGCCCUCUGUUGACAAAGCCAAGAUUAAUAGCCAUCAUGAGUGGAUUCAACACCAGCACCAUAAACGUUCUCUUGACUGGCAAGAUGUGUCUACUUUUUUCCUCAAGCAUACCUUUGAAAUUGGCGAUUCCUUCAUGGGAUAUGCCGCCCGCUUCUCUCCUUGGCUUGUGAACGAACUAAAGAAGCACCCCGACAUUGCUUUAGUCGAGCCUGAUCAUGUCAUGCACAUCACAACGGAGCAACGCUUUGCUCCUUGGGGCCUUGCUCGCAUUUCUCACCGUGAUCGCUUGGGUCUGACUACUUUUACUCGCUACAAUUACAAUGAAACCGCCGGAGAGGGCGUUACUGCUUAUGUAAUUGACACUGGUAUCAACGUAGAUCAUCAGGACUUUGGCGGCCGCGCUACUUGGGGAGCUACCAUUCCUAACGGCGAGAAGGACGUAGACAACCAUGGUCACGGCACUCAUGUCGCUGGUACGAUUGCUGGAAAGAACUUUGGUAUCUCCAAGAAUGCUAAGCUCGUGGCUGUCAAGGUAAUGCGUGCUGAUGGUACCGGAAGUACUUCUGAUAUCAUCAAGGGGAUUGAAUUUGCUUUCAAGCAAUCCAAGAAUGACAACGAUUCCGUUGCUUCUGUUGCAAAUAUGUCUCUUGGCGGUGACGCCAGCCAAGCUUUAGAUUCUGCUGUCAGCGCUGCCAUCAAUGGUGGCCUCUUUUUCGCCGUUGCUGCUGGUAAUGAUGCUGAAGAUGCUUGCAACACUUCUCCUUCUCGUGUGAGUAGCGCCAUGACGGUUGGUUCUAUGACUUGGACGGAUGGCAUUUCUUCCUUUAGUAACCAUGGUUCCUGCGUUGACAUUUUUGCCCCUGGAUCCCUUAUUCUUUCUGACUGGAUUGGAUCUAACAAGGCUUCUAUGUUACUUUCUGGUACUUCUAUGGCCUCUCCCCAUGUUGCUGGUUUGGCUGCUUACUUCAUUUCACUUGAACCUUCUUUGGCUCACAAGCCCGCUGAUCUCAAGAAGUAUAUGCUCAAAUAUGCCUUGAACGAUAAAAUCGAAGGAAUUCCCGAAGGAACUCCUAAUGUUCUUGCCUUCAACAAUUUCUCUGAGUAAAUUCAUCGCUCGUUUUAUGAUUCUCUUUUUAAUGUUCAAUCCUUAUUUAUGUGCAUCCAAUGAAGAUUUGUUUAUAUGAGACUGCUUUCGUUUCGGGAACAUCACUUUAAACGGGUUCAUUUCCAAUAUGGGUAUUAAAUUCAAACGAAAAACGGGAAAAAAUACGCAUUUCUAUGGAAAUCUCUCUUCUGUUAAAUUAUGAAUGAAUAGCUUAGAUUGAAUGAAAAAGCUGCUUUGCUAUUGUUAUACCAUGUUUAUGUAACAACAGUUGAGUACUGUAUCUAUUGCCAAGUCCUAAACUUUACAACGUAAAACCUAAAGAAAAUAAUACAGAA